CCACAAAACCGACCUUCACUCGGCUCUCAAAGCAUUUUCAGGGUUUUUGCAGUGUAACUUCACAGAGUUCAUCUUCUUCCCCCUGAAAAAUCACACAAACAACAGAAGAAAGACAGAAACGAAAAACUAUAAAAAAUGGGAAGUAGAUUGGGUCGAAGAGUAGUGAAUUUCGCAAACCUCCCCAUCAAGCUCCUCAUGCCUUCUUCUUUCUCCAACAUCACCGAAAUCUCCCUCAAAACCAUCCCCUCCGCUUCCAAGAUCGAAAUCAAGAGAGUUUUGGAGUCACUGUACGGGUUUGAGGUGGAGAAAGUGAGAACCCUAAAUAGGGACGGGAAGAAGAAGAAGAAGGGAGGUAUUUUGAUAGCGAAUCCAGAUUACAAAAAGGCGUAUGUGACUCUGAAGAGUCCAUUGUCGAUAUCAACCGAUUUGUAUCCGAUUAAGAUUAUUGAGGAGGAUAAGAGGAGCUUAAUCAAGGAGUCAAAGACGAAAUCCAACAAGUCGAGUAUUGUUGAGGAGGGGGAAGUGAAGUCGCAUUGGCUGGAUGGCGGUGGCAAUAGGUUUAACCCCGAGAAGACUCCUGGUGGUGGCCGCGGCAGUUGGGGUGGAUAUCAUGGCCGUGAUGGUGGUGGUGGCCGCGGCAGUUGGGGUGGAUAUCGCAGCCGUGAUGGUGGUGGUGGUGCUGGGGUGGAGAAGAGUCGCGAUGGUGGUGACGGUUGGGGCGGGUACCGUGGCAGCGAUGGUGGUGGUGCUGGGGCUGCCAAGUUUCCAUGGAGCAGCAUGCGGCCUUCUAGGUAGGGUUUGGUUUAGCAUAUGAGAAAUGGGCUUCUGUUUGGUUUUCUUGUUGUUGCUUGAAUUGGCAUCUAGCAUCUAGAUGUAUGUCAAAGAUGGUGAGUGAUUGAUAUGUUGAGAAAACUUUUUGGGUAUUGCUAUGGGGUGUAGAAUUUUCAGUGCAAGAUGAAUAUGAUAUUGCAUGAGUUCAAUAA